CUUUUUCUUUAUCUUUUUUAAAAAUUUUCACACCCAUCCACCUCCCCAAUCUACUCAUAGAUAUUCAUCUCAGAACAAAUUACACCCUACAACACAACAAAUACAAUGUCAGGGAAAGACAGCCCUGCGAGUGUUGAUGCUUCUGUUGGCGUACCCCAGCCUUCAUUCAACCCUUUAUUUACUUCAUCUUGUUCCUCGUUUGAGCUCGUCUACGACAACGACCCUGCUGACUCUGUACCAUCCAGAGAAGACUUAAUCAUCUACAAUAAAUGUGUCUAUGACAGUAACAAUUCUGACUACUACACUGGCUAUAGCGAUGAUUACGAAGACAAAGACGAUGAGGACGAUGAGAACAGUGAAGUUGAAGACGACGAAAUUGAGGUGCGUUUCAAUACCAGUGAUUCUGACAAUUUUGUAUAUUCGCCUAUAACAGGAUUCGAACAAGUGACACUUUCAGUUUACGACGACGACAGCGGAGAUGAUGUACUCAGCUUGGAUGGCUCAGAGGACGCAGCCCCAUCCACCCCAACCCUUGAACCUAUCCUAUCCAACGCAACCAAGCACAGGAGGGCCAGGGAUACAAAGGCGCUCGACAAACCCGAUUCAUCAUUCCUCUUCAAGCUCCCAUCUCCGCUUGUCCAUACUAUCUUUUCUUAUCUUGAUAUCUCCACCAUUCACUCCUCCUUGGUUGUAAGUAAAAGCUGGUUUCAGUUCGCUGCCUCUCACCUUUAUCGGGACCCCUUCCGUAGCCUGGAAAGAAGCGCGGGCAUUUAUGCAGAAUUUCAGGGUGAAAGCAAUAAUGUCAUCAACAACUCUUUAGUGGCGCCGCAGCUACGCUCUGAGCAUGAACGACUCCUUGUACGUCUCUUGCUACGGUCCAUCUGCUGCCCAAGUGAACCAGGUGAAGAGGUUGUGAUCGCUGCAGAAGAAGCCGAUGACGUCCUUGGGCUAUGCCGCCUGAUCGAUUCAAAAGGUGUCGAGAUCCGUACCACUGUCAAUUAUAUGCGUUUCCUUGAGGUUUUCGACUGGGCACCUUGGCAGCGUUAUCUUGACUACUGGUUUGAGUUACGCACCAGCUUUGAGGCUUUUAAACAGACCAUCCAUCAAGAUAAUCGCGAUAGCGCCGACGUCGAGGCUUCUGGCGUACCUCCAAUAAGGAGGACGUCUGAUCCUCAUGUCUCGCCAGCUUUGCUUCAACCCUUCCGUUUCUCGUACCAUACAAUAUUUGACUGGUUUGCGGAGAACCCAAACCCACGUGCGAUUGUUUUUCAUGAAGUUCUUGAUUUGCCGCCACAGGUCAUAGCGCAGCUGUCCCGAUGGACUACACUUCGCUUCAAUCACACAACCAAGAGCUAUUCUGUCGAUCAACCCCUGAUCAGCCAAUUGUCAUUCAACCACUUGAAUCUAAUACAGGCUCUUGUUGAGCACGAGAAUGCGGGCGAUACAGCAGUGAUGGAUGGUAACGGGAUCGAAAGGGAGAACAGCCAUCAGCUUGAUUCGAGCCGCCGUGGGAUUCGUCAUUUACAGCUACCACCUCUUCGUUAUAUUCAAGGAGAACAGGCUGAGCGCACGGGGGACCAGAUUUUAAUGUUAUUGACGACCAGACACCUCGUCUCCUUGGACACAAGUGAGCUUCCUGAAUGGCAAUCUCAUAGCACAAGCAUACCUUCAGAGUAUUUGCAGCAUCUCGUUCGAUAUACAGACUUGCGAAGAACAUGUGGAGGAUAUUCUCCGCAAUUAUUUUUGAGACGGUGUCCCAAGCUGGCAGAAAUUGAGAUGGUCGUGAAUAGUAUGCAUGAAGUCGACUUUAUUACCCCUCGUCCAGUUAUCCGUCUUUACACGGGCGAUGUUAAGCAAGAAGACGGGUCCAAAGGAGAAGAAACUUCGAUAUAUCGAGAGAUGGAUCAGAUGAGAAUAUCCACUUUGACGUUAACAGCAUCAUCAUCAUCCUCCUCAUCACCAUCAUCACAGCCAGCUACCCCGCCAACCCAGCAGGCUAUUCGAGUAGCCCGACUGUACGUCCGUAAUAGUCUAGAGAUUCCUCACGUCCUCCGACAGAUGGUCCAAGGCUUCAGCCACACUUUACGAAGGCUCAUUGUUGUUCAUGCUCCUGUUAAUUUCCGACUAUACUUCAGUCACUCUGCAAUCAAGGCCAAUUUCGUCAUUCAUCCUAGUUCUUUUGCAAUGCCCCAUUUGGAGGAGUUGCAGUUGUUCCUCACGAGACGUAUGCGGCUUCAAGGCAGAGACCCCUUUGGUGCUUGUCCACGGCUCCAACGUUUAAGUUUAUUUGGAGAAGGGCUAACUAUCGCAGACUAUGGCUGGAGAGUGCCUGAAACAAUUCGAGAGCUGGUAAUUGAUGGAUAUAGUAUUCGUGCUUCCUUUGAUUUCAAAUGCCUCAGCACAACACAGCUCAGCUCUCUAUCACUGCUCCACGGGAACUUGUCGUGGACAGAGCCCCAUUCCUGGGCUAACUUUUGGACAAACCCCACUGAAAGCUGUGUCUUUAAGAAUCUCAGGACUUUGAUCCUCGAGAAGUCCUCAGCAAUGUCAUUUCAGUUUGAGUGGCUGGCCCAUUUCUCGGGUUUGGAGACCUUGAAGAUAUUCGGAUUGAAUUACAGUCAUAUCAGUCAGCUAUGCUAUCCACUCGAUAGUGAAGAUAGUGCACUUCCCAAUCGUGGGCAGCUAUUAUUAAGGCUAAUUACCCAAAUGGCCCAGCCUCAUACAUCCUACGAUCAAGUAGCUUGCAAGAGCUUGAAGGAUUUUGGAUUUACUUUGGUUGAUAGGAGCAAGAAUCACUUUGGUAGCGACAAUCCAAGCGCCUUGGAUACGUCUGCUAAGCAACCUCAGGACAAAGCAAUUCAGAGAAACACCGCAGAGCUUCGGGAUCAAUUGGGCCUUAUGCCAUUGAUCACACCUGAUGAUGAUAGUAAUAAGAAUGAUGAUGGCGAUCAAAGCAGAAAGCACAUUAACGACGGGGACAAAGAGCCGGAUAUUUUCGCAAAGAUUACGGGAGAUCUGGAUUGCGCUCUUUUGGUACUCUUACAUCGAUAUUGUCCCAACGUGGAGCGACUCUCAUUCAACACGCUUGAUCCAAACACUCGGCUUCAAAUGGAGACAGUGAUUGCGCUCAAGACUUUGUUCCCACGGUUGACCCGUUUCAGGGAUGAGUCUUUUAAAUUAAACCAUGCUGGGGAGAGAGCCUUGGCACGUUUUGAUUUCCAUCGUCGAUUCUAUGCAUAUUUGCCCAACAGAAAAUGGGAGGAUUGUGUCUAUCAAUUCGAUCAAGUGGAUUUUUUGCGCCUCCUUUCAGUGUGAAAGAUAAAGUGGUUACCCAAUAAGCAUGCUGAGCGUUAAAUAAAUG